AUGCGGCGAAAAGAGUUGAUGCAUUGGAGGUUACAAAAGUUCGAGAGUGAAAUUUUCUCACGGGUCUUAUUAUGGACUUAUGAUGAGCACUUGGAGUUUGGAAUGACUUUUGUGGUCUUCAUCCAUAUUCAUCGGUUCAUGCUCGUCGUCGUCAAACGAUUGACGGGAUGUCUCGAUCUGAUCAGUGUUAGGCGCCUCAAUUCCCUCGAGUUUCUUGAAAUAGGUGUCGUAGGCCUUAUGCUUCGUAUACUCCCGAGGGGUGGUGCGGUUCUGAAUGAGGUCGGCCUGCCGGAGCUCAUGUUCAUUAAUGCACCGCAUUGGCUCGCCCUCCACUGA